AUGGCCCUGCUCGGCCUCUGUGCAAACUUCAUCCUUGGCCACUUCAUGGUCUUCAUCCACGACGUUGACAUCUUCGACCGCAUCUUCUCCAAUAUCAACCCACGGCGUGAUCCACCUGAUCAGCCACUCCUUCAGCAAGAAGCUGAUGGAGAACGCGGGCAAGUUUCGUUCUCCAAGCGGCGGGGCCGGCUGCUGAAGAAGGCGCAUGAGAUCGCCGUUCUCUGCGAUGCCCAGAUCGGACUCAUCCUCUUUUCCAGCAGCGGGCAGAUGUUCGAGUACUGCAGUCCCAACUCCAGCAUGCGCCAGAUUAUUGAUAGAUUCAAGGAAGCAUCAGGCACUCGAAUUCAGGAAUACGAUGAUAAACAGACAUACCGUGAGAUGACGAAAAUCAAGAAUGAGAAUGACAAGCUGCAAGCAACCAUGCGACAGUUAACUGGGGAGGGUCUCACCACUCUCACCAAGACCGAUUUGAAACACCUUCAGAAGCAACUUGAAGUUUCACUAGAUCGAGUUCGCUCAAGGGAGGUACAAUGACAACGACAACUCCUCAUGCUCUGCUCUAUCGCUCUAUUUCUCGCUCUCCCUCUCUAUCUAUGGGGUGCACUAACACAUGGAUGCUUAGGCAGAUCGAGUUGCUCCAAGAAGAGCUUGGAGAAUUGCGUAGGAAGGUACCACUUACUUACAGUUAUACACAAAAUUGUACUGGUGAUUCAUUCUUGUUUUUUUUGUGCUGGUUCCAUCUUCCUCUUCGGCCAUGUAACGAGUUCUCUUCCUUGUUCUAGAGAGGGAAAGAAACAAAGAAAAAAGAAGAAGAUAUUACAUUUUCACUUUUACCUAGCUUGUUUCUCUCACGCCAAAAGGCAAAGAAGCCCCUAGUGAUAGAUGACCCAGUGCGGGUUGACGACUUUG